AUGGGCAAUUGCUUCUCAGGCCAACGAGAGACACAGUCAUCCAAGAGCAGCAGUAACAAAGGUGGAGCAGCUGCAUCCAAUACCGCAACAACAGCAACAACCACUGAAAAGCCAGAAGUGAAAACCAAUGAGCCAUCAACAUCAUCAGUGAAACAGCAAGAAAACUCGGUAGCCACCACUCCCUCAACAACCACCACCACGAGUACAGAACCCCAGAAGACCCAAAUUUCGUCGGAAGAGCCCAACUCGUCGGAUGAAAACAACAACUCGGCCAAGACUUUGGAAGCCAAGCCAACAUCAUCAUCAUCAACCAAUACUGUUGAAACCACCACUACGAGCAGCAAUUUUGACUCUAUCACCAAUUCCUUCCUAUUAAAACCUGCUUCUUUGGCACGUUAUCUCAUUGGACCCAAAGGUUCCACCAUCAAACAAUUACAAGAAGAAACGAGCUGCAAAAUCAAUAUUCAAGACUUGGACUCGGAUACCAAACAAGUGAGCAUUGAAAAUUGCACAACUCUCUCGCCCGAGAAGGUCUAUCAGAGAUUGAUGGCCGAAUUGAAAAAGUAUGGCUGGGAAUAUGAUGGAAAGGAGAAACAAUUCAUUGAACAUGAAACCGAGGCCAUGAAGUUAUUUAAAGAGUUGGAAAAGAAGAUUAGUGAGGAGUCUAAACUCAUGUCCGAUUGUUUCGAGAGAGCUUCCAAAGCUCAUGAGAGUGGAGAUGGAGCCCUUGCCAAACAAUUAAGCGAUGAAGGUAAAAAGCAUCAAGAACUCAUGAAAAAGUAUCAACUCGAGUCAGCUCAGACCAUGUUUGAACACCUCAAUAAGGAUAAGGGUGAUUUCGAAAUUGAUUUGCACGGCCAAUACGUCGACAAUGCGAUGGAAUUUUUACGGAAACGCAUUGAAAAAUUGAGAACUGAGAAGUCGUCCAACAAAUUGACCAUCAUAUAUGGAGCAGGAAAUCACUCAGAUGAAAAAGGACCAAAAAUCAAACCAGCUGUGUUGGAAUAUUUGAAGGAAGAGGGAAUUACUUUUGAGGAGAUUAAUCAUGGAAGUAUUAGUGCGAAUAUUUAA